CCCAGGUCCUUGCUUGUGGUCUGCUGCACAUCUGGAGGCUAUGAUGAGAAUGAAUGUGAACGCUUGGAGGUUUUACCGAACUGGUUGCUCCUGCCUAGAUCAUCCUUUCCAAGUAGGAAAACUGCUCCACGUGGUGGUCGACUUCAAGGGACCAGAGCCAUUGUAGAAAGAAAUGGAUGAAAGCAGCCUGGGGGGCCCCAGACACGUGCUCCUUGCGGUCUAGUCCAGGGAAGCCCUGCCGUGGGGCCCUGGCCUUCUGGAAUGUGGCCGGGUGUGGACGCAUGGCUGACUGCUGAGUGAGGAUGCUCCGCCGGGGGCUGCUUGCGUGGGUCUCCCGGGUGGUGGUUUUGCUCGUGUUCCUCUGCUGCGCCAUCUCUGUCCUCUACAUGUUGGCCUGCACUCCGAAAGGUGACGAGGAGCAGCUGGGGCUGCCCAGGGCCAGCGGCCCUACGGGGAAGGAGGGCUUCCAGGCGGCGCUGCAGGAGUGGGAGGAGCAGCACCGCGACUACAUAGGCAGCCUCAAAAGGCAGAUUGCGCAGCUCAAGCAGGAGCUGCAGGAGAGGAGCGAGCGGCUCAAGGCCGCGCAGUAUCACCCCAGCGACGCCGCGGGCCUGGGGCUGGAGCAAGGGCCCCCCGAGAAAACCCAGGCGGACCUGCUGGCCUUCCUGCGCUCCCAGGUGGACAAGGCGGAGGUGCACGCCGGCGUCAAGCUGGCCACGGAGUACGCCGCCGUGCCUUUCGAUAGUUUCACGCUGCAGAAGGUGUACCAGCUGGAGACCGGCCUGACUCGCCACCCCGAAGAGAAACCCGUGAGGAAGGACAAGCGGGAUGAGUUGGUGGAAGCUGUCGAGUCGGCCUUGGAGACCCUGAACAGCCCUGGGGAGGGCAGCCCAAAUCAGCGCCUGUAUUCGGCCUCGGAUUUCAUAGAAGGGAUCUACCGCACAGAAAAGGAUAAAGGCACUCUGUAUGAGCUUACGUUCAAAGGGGAGCAGAAGCACGAAUUCAGACGACUCGUCUUGUUUCGACCGUUUGGCCCGAUCAUGAAAGUAAAACAAGAAAAGCUCAACAUGGCCAACACGCUCAUCAACAUUAUCGUGCCACUGGCGAAGCGGGUGGACAAGUUCCGGCAGUUCAUGCAGAAUUUCAGGGAGAUGUGCAUCCAACAGGAUGGGAGAAUUCAUCUCACCGUUGUUUAUUUUGGGAAGGAAGAAAUGAAUGAGGUCAAAGGAAUACUUGAAAACACUUCCAAAGCUGCCAACUUCAGGAACUUUACCUUCAUCCAACUGAAUGGAGAGUUUUCUCGGGGAAAGGGACUUGAUGUUGGAGCCCGCUUCUGGAAAGGAAGCAACGUCCUUCUCUUUUUCUGUGAUGUCGAUAUCUACUUCACCGCCGAAUUCCUCAAUACAUGUAGGCUGAACACACAGCCAGGGAAGAAGGUAUUUUAUCCGGUCCUUUUCAGUCAGUACAAUCCUGGCAUAAUAUACGGCCAUCACGAGGCAGUGCCUCCCUUAGAACAGCAGCUGGUCAUAAAGAAGGAGACUGGAUUUUGGAGAGACUUUGGAUUUGGGAUGACCUGUCAGUACCGCUCGGACUUCAUCAAUAUAGGUGGCUUCGAUUUGGACAUCAGAGGCUGGGGCGGAGAGGACGUGCACCUCUAUCGCAAGUAUCUGCACAGCAACCUCAUCGUGGUGCGGACACCUGUGCGGGGGCUCUUCCACCUCUGGCACGAGAAGCACUGCGUGGAUGAGCUGACCCCCGAGCAGUACAAGAUGUGCAUGCAGUCGAAGGCCAUGAAUGAGGCGUCCCACGGGCAGCUGGGGAUGCUGGUCUUCAGGCACGAGAUAGAGGCUCACCUUCGCAAACAGAAACAGAAGACAAGCAGCAAAAAAACAUGAACUCCCGGGGCUAGAUCUGGGGAGACCUUUUAUUUUUUCCCUUUUGUGAUUACCGAACACGUGGCUGUGACAAGGAAAAGAUUUCCCUAAAGGGCAAAAGAAGAAUUCAACUGAUUAGUAAAAGA